AAAGAAUUCAAGAAUGGCUUCUAAUUCUAAAGAGCCUUUUAUUGUUUACAAAAAUUAUAGAUAAUAGCAAAAAGAGGCAAAAAAAGAAGAUCUCAAAGAGAAAAUAGUUACAAAUAAAAUUAAAAAGCCUAAAAAAAAUACAAGCCAAUAACCAACUUAAAAAAAGAUGAUUGAUCAAAAUUUAUUAUAUAAAGUUCUUCAGCAGCAUAAACAACAAUAAUAAAUACUUUAACAAUUCAUUCUUGAUUAACGAAUGCUUACAAAUGCUUAAGAUGAUAUUGAUGUUGAAGAAUUUUCACCAAUUUAUAAAUUCGGCAUACCAACUACACCAUAGAAUGUUGGAUUGCAAAGAAGAAUGAGCAGAGAUGAUGAUGAUUUCAAAAUUUGA